UGGGAGCACCGUUCAUGUGAGGGUGGGAGACGAGGGCUCUUAUCGUCAGUUGGACUGAAGGACUUUAUCUUUUCACAUUUCACAGCUGCUAUAGGCCUGAUAUUAAGCUGAAUUUCAAAGAAUUUCAAAGUGAUACUUGGUGUGAAAAACAGGAAAUAUUUCUUUUUCCGUGGCCGUAAUUUUACAGGACAGAAGCUGCAGCCUCAGCAGGCACUUAACUGCUCAAGAUGUUUAAAAAAGUCCUGCAAUAUGUUCGUACUGAAAAAAUCGGGACUCCCGGGACAGUCAUCGGGAUGGUCGGCAUGGCUUUCUUUCUGCGGAGUAUGAUGUGCGCUUGCAAAGGGCGCACUUUUGAAUGCAAUGAAAUCAUCGUCGUGCCUGUUUUUUUAGUGUUUUUCCUGAUGCUCCUGAUGGACCAGACAUUUCGGAGCACCGCGAAACAUGCAUCCACGUUUUUGUGCCUUGUAGUCAAGCGCGUAAUCAGAGCGUUUCUAAUCAGUCUGCUGUGGAUUGUAGCUGUGUUGAUUUUCACAGAUUGGUAUGGUUGCUGUAACACUGAUGAAAACACGAGCAAGCUGUUCUGCAAAACCUGGGGCGUCACAACUGAAGAAGAAGCUCAAAAAACUGAAGUGCAAAUCAAGUCCAAGCUUACUGGUUACUCUCUGCUCCUGGGCAUGACUGUUGUCGCUUUCUUCAUGACUUGGAGUGGAUGGAGAAAAUGGUUUGUAAAAAAAUUCAGUUGUUGCAACAAGAAAACGUUUUACUACAAACUGAUUUUGGAAGAAGAGAAAAAAGUUCUGGAGGAGCUUUUGAGGAAAGAAGCAAAUGAAACUCUGACUAAAGAAAUUAUGAGCAACAUAAAAAGGAAAGACUGGGACGGCUGUUUUAAUGUUGCUCAACAAAUGAUCAAUAAAGCAAAACAUCAAAAACCAGAAGCAACCAACCAGCAGAUCAACUGGAUCAGUGAGGGGAGCUCCAACAGAGGGGGGCAGCAUCAUCAAGCAGCAGCACAUCAGCAGGCACAAAACUAUGAACUUGAUGCUGUGGCACAAGAAAACAAAGACACCAUGCCAUUAUUUGACGAAUCUGCCUAAAAGAACAUCAAGUGACGCAGCUCCAGAAACAACGCAAGUGACCACAGACAAGUUAUACACCUUGACAGGCGACGUGAGGUCUAGAGAGAGAGAGGUCGGAUAAAAGGUCUUACAGAUUCAUCCAUAUCCAUUUAUAAUCACAUAAGGCUGGAUAUUAAGAGUUUUUGGAAAGGGAAGCAGGAGACUGUUGUUGUAGAGUGGAUUGAGGAGAAAGGAGACUGAGAGUUCAGUUCCUUGCAAAACAAACACAUUUAAAACAAGACAAAAAAAGAAGAAAAAAGUUAAAAUGUUCUGUUCUAAAUCUGUUGUGUUCUACAAAUUAAUUUGAGAAUUGUAGGAAAAGACACAGUGAAUUCUUUUUUUUGUUUUUUUUUGUUUUUUUCCUAUGCCAACUCUGUUUAGCUUUGUAAAUACUGGCUAUAUUGUAUGGAGACGUCUUAUUUUACUCUUACUUUAUUUUGCAAAUUUAUUUGAAUUAGGCUAUCCAAUUAGGAUAAAUUUUAUGUUGUUGGUUGUAAAGAUCUGGAUGGAUGUUUUACUUUAUUCUUCAUUUUAAUUUUUUUUAUUCUGUUUUUCAAUUUUAUUUUUCAAGACUUGGUGAAUUGACUUUUAUUUUUAUAACUUGGCCUACACUUUUUAUUAUGUUGGCACCAAUCAGAAGUGUUAUUGUUAGGAUCCAAUAUAUUUGAUAUAGGCCAUCUAAUUUAGGUAAAUAAAUUUUUUUUAGUUGUUAUAAUCUAAUGAGGAAUAUUUUAUUUUAUUUUUUGUUGUGUUGUUUUUCAGUUUCCCCCCUGAGGGAUUGCCCCCUUGACAUGGUCAGGGGAGUGACCCAUCCAGCUAUUUGUUUAUAGGAGCCCUUUUUUGUGAAGUGGUGGGUUACCACCAUCGCAGCUUUUGAGAUGUAUCUACAAAUUCAAAUUGAUCUUAUAUUUUUCAUUAAAUAAUAAAAUAUUUCAGUUUAAACGUCUGA